GGUAUCACAUUUCUCUUCCGUUGUGGGUGAACCUAAAAUCGUAGUGUAACGGAAGAUGGCUUCGUCACAAGAAUUCAGGGUACGGAAGUCAUUUCCACACGCACACUGUCCCCACUGCCCCCUCCGCGGUCACUGCCACCACUGCCCACUCCACACCCACCACUUCCCACCGCCGCCACAGUAUCUCCGUCCUCUUCCUCAGAAUCCACACCUCUUUGCUCCCUUACACCUUCCAACUUCACAGGCUACUAAGUAUAAUGAAGAAUCCAACGCUUUUGUUGCACGGAGUUCACAAGAGCUGGAGCAUGUGGAGCUACAUGACGAGGAAGAAGAUGACGAGCCAAUUUUUGUUCUAACUGAUGAAUGGAGAGAAUUCUUUGCAAAAUCUGAAGCAAGGAGGAAACAAGUUCUUUGUUGAUAUCAUACAGAGAAGAAGCAAGGCAAGAAGGGAAAGAAGUAAUACUUCAACAAAGAAAGCAACGUCUUCCAAGAAUUUCUGCAUCCAUGAAAGGGUUGUUUUCAAGGUGGUUGAUGAAGAUCCUGCACUAAAGGAUGUUAAUUUAGUCCAUGCCAGAGAUGAGGAUCUAUGGUGAGUUGUUUGGUAGUAUUAUAACAAGGAGAGUCUGCACUUGUUAGAAGUCUGAGUUCCUUCUUAUAUCUAUCUAUAUUUGGAUGCUAGCAGCCAAUAUAUUUAUGGGUUUAGCACAUGUUAAUGUUAUUAUUGGUAGAAGUUUUUAAAAUUAUUAUUUUAAUAAAUGCAUUGGAAAGUUUGUAUUUUUUCUAUAAAACUUUUUUUUAAUUGGUAAUUUUAACAUA